AUGUCUUCACUCCUGAAGGUGGACAAUGAAAUUAAAACCAAGGUUGACUUUUUCAGGGAACGCAUCACUGCAGAAGCAGAGGACUUAGUUGCACAUUUUUUUCCAAAGAAGUUACUGGAACUUGAUCACUUCCUUAAGGACCCAAUCUUAAACAUCACUGAAUUGAAGGAGAUACACUCAGAGAUAAACCUGACAGUGCCAGAUCCCAUCUUGCUCCCAAACCUGCAUGAUGGACUUGAAGCGCCAAAUGCAAAAAAGAUAAAGCUCGAGGAUGGAAGUGGGGCUGACAUGGUGAGCGGGACCAAGGUCUUUGUCAUGCCAGGUGGGAUGAUGAAGUGCAACGACAGCCUCGUCAACCUGAUUGAAAAGGUUAAACCAGAGAUCCGGACGCUCAUAGAGAAAUGUAACACAGUCAAAAUGUGGGUUCAGUUGCUUAUUCCCCGAAUAGAGGACGGCAACAACUUUGGUGUGUCAAUCCAAGAGGAGACGGUAGCUGAGCUCAGAACAGUUGAGGGAGAGGCAGCGUCUUAUCUCGACCAGAUAUCCAGAUACUACAUCACAAGGGCAAAGCUGGUUUCUAAAAUAGCAAAAUAUCCACAUGUGGAGGACUAUCGUCGCACAGUAACCGAGAUUGAUGAGAAGGAAUACAUCAGUCUCAAGAUCAUAGUUUCUGAACUCAGAAAUCAAUAUGUAACAUUACACGACAUGAUCCUGAAGAACAUUGAGAAGAUCAAAAGGCCUCGAAGCAGUAAUACUGACGCAUUAUACUGAUGAUGAUUCUACACUCGCAGCCUCCACCUCCUGCCCCAUUACCGUUUACCCACCGCCAUGUCAUCGAGCUCGCCUGGCCCCAGACACCAAGACCACUAUGAGACUUUUCACUUCUGUACAAUCAGUCAAGCCCAGUUCAACAACACAUCUUCAGUGAUGGACACCUUGCGCAUGGUCAUGUUUUUGUUUUAAUUGUAAAGUAUUCUUGUUUUAAGCCCUUUGAAGACUUAAUCUCUCAGCAAAUGGAGAGAUAGUUCAUAGACAACUAAAUGUGCUAUGUAUUUUUUUUAAUUAUAAUUAAGUGCUGUCCACUGAUCAUUUUGUGAAAUGGUUUAAUUUGUGGCUGGAUUUAAGGGGAAAAGGGCAGCUUUCUUUCAUGUCCACCUCUUUAGUGAAUGUUCUGAGGCCUGACUCCAGCUGCAUCAGGAGUGAGGCCAUUCAUUGCCUACGUAAAAAAAAAAAAAAAAAAAUAUUGUACAUCAAGUAAUAGAAACAAAUAUGACUUACUAAACAGGUUUUAGAUUCAUAGGCAGAAAAGUCAUCAGACAUGCUGUAUAUGAUGUCUAUUGAAUAAAAACAUUUUUUUUUAUA